AUGACCACAGAUUUUGAGAAGGGCCUCUCGAGGCAGUCGACUGAUGUCCACUCGAUGUUGUCGAGACAUACCGAGGAUUACAAUCUUUAUGUAGCACGGUCGAACCCAUCAACAAAUCUCGCAUACGAAGAAGGUCAUGCAUUGAAAAAACGUUUAGAUGCAAGACAUGUUACUAUGAUCGCUAUUGGAGGUGCCUUGGGUACAGGGUUGUUGAUUGGAACCGGUUCCGCUUUGAAAACGGCCGGUCCCGGUGCUAUUUUGGUGGCCUACUCGGUGAUCGGUUUCGUGGUAUAUAUGGUUAUGUGUGGGUUGGGAGAGGUAGCAACGUUUGUUCCUCUUGCCAAUGGUUUUGCGGGUUACUGUAACCGGUACGUGGACCCAGCUUUGGGUUUUGCUUGUGGCUAUGUCUAUCUUUUCAAGUACUUGAUCUUGCCGGCUAACCAGUUGGUGGCUGGUUCACUUACGGUACAAUAUUGGGUCAGCAAAGAGAGAUUGAAUCCGGGGGUUUGGAUCACGAUCUUCUUGUUGAUUAUCGUGGGUGUGAAUGUGUUAGGUGUGAGAUUUUUCGGAGAAAUCGAGUUUUGGUUAUCAACCUUGAAAGUCAUCACUUGCUUGGGAUUGAUUUUACUCUUGUGGGUGAUUGCUCUUGGAGGCGGUCCUACCCACGACAGAAUUGGCUUUAGGUACUGGAAGAACCCAGGAGCAUUUUUACACUACGCUGAUGCUUCCAAGGAUUUGUUUAUUCCCGGCUCAAAGGGCCGUUUUGUGGCUUUUGUUUCUGUCUUGGUCACAGCAGUUUUCGCUUUCUUGGGUACAGAAUUGUGUGGUAUCACGUUUGCCGAGUGUGCUCGUCCCAGAAGAGCCAUUCCAAAAGCCAUUAAAUUGACAUUUUAUCGUAUUGUGGUUUUCUAUGUGCUUUCCAUUUUCUUUUUGGGAAUGUGCGUUUCGCCUAAAGAUCCACUUCUUUUGUCUGCAUCUGGAAGCGACGCCAGUGCUUCUCCUUUUGUCAUUGCCAUCAAGAAUUCAGAGAUACAUGGAUUGGACCACGUUAUCAACGCUUGUAUCUUACUUUUUGUUUUAUCGGCUGCAAAUUCUGAUAUGUAUAUUUGCUCCAGAACCAUUUAUGGGUUGGCAGUUUCAGGUUACGCGCCCAAAUUCUUCUCCAAAACUAACAGAAUGGGUGUUCCUUACUACGGAGUGGGCUUAAGUUUCCUCUUUUGCUUGUUGGCAUACAUGACAGUGUCCAGUGGAGCCGCCGAGGUGUUCCAGUACUUUGUCAAUGUCGUCAGUUUGACCGGUUUAAUUGCCUGGGCAUGUAUCCUCGUGAUCCACAUAAAAUUCAUGAGAGCGUGCAAGAAGCAAGGAAUCGAUAGAAAGCGGGAUUUGGCUUACAGAUCUCCAUUCCAACCUUUUGGUUCAUAUUUUGCAUUGGUGGUUUGCGUGAUUGUGAUCUUUGUGAAAAACUUUACCGUGUUCUUGGGUAGCACUUUCACCUACAAGUCGUUCAUAACUGGCUACAUCGUGUUGCCUGUGUUUGUGAUCAUGGGUCUUGCCUACAAACUCAUUAAGAAAACUUCGAUAAUCAGAUCGAGCGAUGUCGAUUUGGAAACUUUUAAAGACGUCAUUGAUGCUGAAGAAGAAAAGUUUGCCGCAGACGCUGCUGAAAAGGAAGCUCUCAGAGAGGCACAAGGAAACCCCCACGACAAGGAAUGGUACUACAACAAGUUCAUCGGAUGGCUUUUCUAG